AUGGCAGAGAAUAUUACACCACCAGCUUGCACCAAGUGCAAAACUCAUCGUGUUAAAUGCGACAAAGCCCAGCCAAUGUGUGGACGCUGUCGCCGUCUUGGGCACCAUUGCGAGUACCCCUUCCGCAACCCGGCGGCAGCAUACUUGAGUUAUGCUACAGAACUGGAGGAUGAAAUUGCCCAACUCGAAGUUGAGCUAGAACGGCUUAAGACUACAGACCAGAGAAUUCACCAGACCCCGAGCUCGAGAGACUCGCCACAGUUGACCAAAGCGGACAACCAGGAGGACAAAACAUCACUCAAACAAGCACCUCGUUACCUCGGAGCCUCAAGUGGGAUGGCAUUCAUCGAGUCAGCAAUUUCGUUGGCUCAGUCCCAAGGAAUUCUGGAUGCUCCUGAGGAGGACCUGUUGCCUCUCGAACCUUCAACAAUCUUAUCUCCAGGUCUUCUCGAAGGGUUGGUGGACUCUCGUCAAUCAUUGGCCAUUCCUCCUAGAGACACAAUGCGAAAACAAUUCGACGCAUUUGCCUCGGCCCAAUGGCAGUACCAUAUUAUCGAGCCUGCAGAGUUUGAUGUAUAUCUCGAUCGCUACUACGGUGGCGGAAAUCCCCCAGGCACCAUAGCAACCGCGGCACUUCACUUAGUCCUCGCAACCGCAUUGCACCUGUCAGGGAAGAGCGAGGGGAACAUGGCCGUCUCUAACUUGGCUACAGCUCACCAUGAGCAUGCCAUGGGAAUGCUGAGUUCCAUCAACCAGCACAAAACCCUCGAAAGCUUGCAGGUGCUGCUGUUGCUUCUGCUCUUGUCCAUGUUCAACCCGCAGAAGCCUGUGGUAUGGCAACUCUUGGGUUCUGCACUGCGAACCGCCUCGGGCAUGAGACUGCACACAGAAGAAGGAAUCACUACAGCGGCGUCUUCGUUUGGUGUUUCUGAGGACCUUCCUCGCCGGCUCUUUUGGUCUCUCUACAGCAUGGAUCGAGCCGUAGGGAACACGCUCGGGCGCCCUACAGCUCUCCCGGACUCUUCAAUUACGUGCCAACUCCCUGGCGUGGCAUCCCCAAACAUUUCUCUCCCACAGAUGAUUGCAAACCACUGCUUCCUGCUACGACGGCUGCAGAGUGAAGUAGCUGACACCCUUUAUCAGCGCAUAUCUCAAUAUUCCGCAGACUACAUACUGGAUGUACAAGCGCGGCUGGAUGAAUGGUUCCGGGACAUACCCGUCUCCAACUCGGAUCACGUCGUGGAGUGGUUUCACCACUCCUAUUACAAUCUUUGCAUGUUUAUCCACCGACCAUCUCCAGCAAACCCAAAACCAAACUCGGAUGAUCUGCACCGAUGUUUCGAAGCAGCUUCCCGAGUCAUUCAGAUCUACAAUCGGCUCGACCAGCGCGGAAACAUUGACACGACGUGGAUGGCAGUGCAUUGGCUGUUCCUCGCGGCUGUCACCCAACUCUUCGCUCUCUGGACUGAUGAAAACCUGAGGCGAGAAGCCGACUGGGUGCGCAUCAAUGAUGACAUUCAAUCCUCUGCAAUGAUUUUCUCAGCCAUGACAGAAAGAUGGAAAUCUGGUCGGAGAAUGUUGAGGCUCUAUCGGCGACUGUCGAAAGGUACAUUGGCUAGAUACACUCAGAUGGGCUACCUGAAUGCAAACAUGCCAAUGGAUGGUAGCGAAAGCAAACGUGGAGAUUUCAUCGAGAUGACAGACAUGGCGAGUGUGAACGAAGUGGCCAUAGACACAGAUAUAGGAUUCUGGUUGGAUAUGGAAAUGGCGGAUAGCUCAUGGAUGAUUAAUCCAACACUGCACGGGUAA